GACUUUAAUCAGACCUAUAAACUUAAAUCCGUGAGUAUAUAAACGGUUCGAUCCGUACAUGAAAGUGUGAGUUGUGACGGAUUGAUCCAAAGUUGAUGGAGAGGAUCUAAAUCUGAGUUUUGACGAACUGGGAAGUUACGGCGGAAGAAAACCUCUUGCAGUUGUUGACUUGUUGGUGCAGGUAGUUGAAUAUAGUACAUUUUGUCACACGAAAGUUUCUGUGUUACAAUGGAGGAGCUGAAAUCUGCUAUGGAGGAGCACAUGGACCUUAUGGCAGAUCUUGUUCAGAAGCUCUCUUCAGAUCUUCGCGCUGGCUUUCGCCCCGCUUACGAUAACUUUAUCGGUUUUUUCCAUGCCAUUGACUGGAAGGAACCUUGGCUAAUGGGAUUAUUAGGAUUCCAUGUUGUGUUGCUGCUUGUAGCUAUCAUCUCUAGGAAGAAGACAAACUUUCAAAUGUUCUUGUUCCUUUUGACAUUGGCUGGUGUAUAUUUUGCGGAGAGUCUGAACAGAUUUUUGGGUAAAAACUGGAAAAGCUUCUCUAGUCAGAAUUACUUUGAUCCAAGGGGACUAUUUAUGUCUGUUCUUUGGUCUGGACCACUUCUUGUUAUUUCUAUGAUAAUCUUGAUCAAUACACUCUUCUCCUUAUGUUACAUGAUUGUUAGGUGGAAAAGAGCCGAACUGAGACAUCGUGCAAGGGCUGCUCGUAAUAAGCAGGAUUAGUUGUUUUGUUGUGGGAUUUUGAUGGAUUAAACUCUGAAGGAGUUCAUGUCAAUGGUAAUGUAAUCAUAUGUUUUACAAAUGAAUUUUGUUUUUCCUUUUUUUUAUUUAUAAUUUUCAGAUUUAGUACUUGUUAUUUCCAGUUAUGUCUGUGUACACUAUUAACGGGAAUUUUUUCUCUCCUUUUACUGAAGGAGCUGAGAAUUUAACAAAGUGCUAAUUAGAUUGUAUGAUUGAUCACUGACAAAAUUUGACUGUAUGAAUCUUCAAAUUAUGGGACCAA